AGUAGCGAGUGAGUUAUCAUGAGAAGCGCUUUUAUAUUGAGUUUGUUUCACUUUAUCUAUAUGGUGAUAUAAUAAUAAUCAAAUUUUUUUAAAAAUAAUUAUAAUGAUGAAAGAACCGACAAGAAUUAAGCAAAAAAUAAUACAAAAUUUGUUCCAAAUGAUAUUGGACGUUAAAUUCAUCUAUUAAGAGAAAAAAAAGCCUUGAAAAAAAUUCCGUUUGUUAACACUAUGAUUGUUCUUGGGGCACCCAGGGCCCCCAGCGAACUUUAAAGUUGAAUAAAAGUACUAAACAGUGUAUAAACCAACCGGAGUUAAGUCUCAUUGUACAGAUUGAACAUUUCUCUAAACGAAUGAAAAAAAAAACAUAUGCAUAUGUCGUAAAUAUUCUAGAAAUUAUGAUCAAACCUUGGAAAAUGGAUAAUGACAUAGAAGCGCCCAAAGAUCCCGGCGUAUUGAAUCAAAAAAACAGCGAACAGGAUCAUGAAGUAACACCACCAGCACACCGUGUGCAUUCCAUUCUCGGCAUGGAUGUAGAUGAUGAUGGUCGUGAGUCGCAUCCGCUUUUCUCCGAAAUGAUGGAAUUGACAAAGGAUGGCGAUGGCAUUGAAUGGAAAGAAUCGGCACGAUGGCUUAAAUUCGAAGAGAAUGUUGAAGAUGGCGGUGACCGUUGGUCAAAACCAUAUGUUGCUUCAUUAUCGUUGCAUUCAUUGUUUGAAUUGCGAAGCUUGCUGACCAACGGAACAAUUAUGCUGGAUAUUAAUGUGAAUAAUCUCGAAGAACUCUCCGAUCUAUUUUGUGAUAACAUUGUAAAUGCUGGACAACUGUCAAUUUCAGCACGUGCAAAUGUGCGUGAAACUUUACUGCUACGGCAUCGACAUCAGCAUGAAAGAAAACCCAAGAAAAUCGAUAACCGCAAAUUAUCGUCCCCAAAAGAUGGAAUGGCUAACAACCAAAGUCAACAGAGUGGUGCGGCAUCAACAGAUCAAUCUGAUUCCGCAGAACCGCAAAAUGGAUCAAGUCCAUUCAAAGUUAAUAAACACUUUCUAAAGAAAAUCUCGCCUGGAACCGAAGCAAAUAGUAUUCUUAUUGGUGAAGCUGAGUUUUUAGACAAAACAAUAUCAGGACUGUUGCGAUUGAAGAGAGCGUCGAUAUUGGGUGAUUUGAAUGAAGUCCAGAUUCCAACAAGAUUCUUGUUCAUUUUGCUGGGUCCCGUUGGCAGUCAUGAUCGCCAUCGUGAGGUCGGUCGAGCAAUGGCAACAUUGAUGUCCGAUGAAAUAUUCCAUGAGGUUGCUUAUCGUAGCAAGAAACGAGAUCAUUUGUUGGCCGGAGUCGAUGAGUUUUUGGACGCCGUAACAGUAUUACCUCCAGGUGAAUGGGAUCCAACCAUUCGUAUUGAACCACCAGCGGCGAUUCCAUCACAAGAAUUGAGAAAACGGUUACCAAACGAUCCGGUUGCAGAAGAAGUUGAUCAUGAUGAAGAAGCGCAGCGUUUAAGAGAAGAAUCGGGAUUAGUGCGUUCUGGUGUCUUAUUUGGUGGUUUAAUUGAUGACAUACGCCGUAAAGCACCAUGGUAUUGGUCAGACGUCAAAGAUGCGCUCAGCUCACAAUGUAUUGCAUCAUGGGUAUUCCUAUACUUUGCCUGUUUAGCGCCGAUUAUCACGUUUGGGGGCUUAAUCGGAACACUAACGGGAAAUAAUAUGGCGGCCAUGGAAUCAAUAGUAUCAGGUUUUGUUUGCGGAAUUGGCUACGGUUUCUUCUCCGGACAACCUCUUACUAUCCUGGCUUCCACCGGGCCAGUCCUUGUGUUUGAAAAAAUUGUUUACAAAUUUUGUUUGGUUACUGAAUUGGAUUACAUGUCUUUUAGAUUCUGGAUCGGCACUUGGAUUUCAAUUGCACUUCUCGUUAUGGUUGCCAUUGAUGCAAGUGCUUUAGUUUGUUACAUAACACGAUUCACUGAAGAGAACUUCGCUACAUUGGUCGCUGUCAUUUUUAUCUAUGAGGCAAUUUUGAAUGUGUUAUCGAUUCAAGCCAAAUUUCCGAUAUCAUCACCGGAUGAUGUGUAUGAUUGCGUAUGCCAGUCUCCAUUUGACGAAAAUGACUACAAUUGGACAAAAUACACAAGCGCUGAAUGCGUUGCAUUGAAUGGUACGCGAAUUGGCACCGACUGUGAUAAGCCCGAACCAGUUCCGAAUGUUUUCCUUAUGUCGAUUGUACUUUUCUUUGGUACAUUUAUCAUAUCACAAGUUUUGAAAGACUUUAAGAAUGCUCUAUUCUUCCCAUCGAAGGUUCGUCAGCUGUUCAGUGAUUUCGCUGUUUUUAUCGCCAUAGUAUCAAUGACAGUGUUGGAUAGCUAUAUAAAAAUCCCAACACCGAAGUUGGAUGUACCGUCUGAAUUCAGGCCAACAUUGGAAACACGCGGAUGGAUAAUCGACCCAUUUGUAAACCACUUCUGGUGGUGGUUGAUUGCAUUCUUUCCGGCCAUGCUGGGUGUUAUUCUCAUUUUCUUGGAUCAACAAAUUACUGCUGUGAUUGUCAAUCGUAGAGAGAAUAAGCUGAAAAAAGGCUGUGGCUAUCAUUUGGAUUUGUUUGUGCUAGCAAUUCUCACUCAGAUUUGCACAACAUUAGGUCUGCCAUGGUUUGUGGCGGCAACGGUUAUGAGUCUUAAUCACGUAAAUUCAUUGAAAUUGGAGUCAGAGUGUGCUGCCCCGGGUGAAAAACCGCAAUUUUUAGGUGUUCGAGAGCAACGUGUCACUCAUGUGAUGAUCUUCUUGACAAUUGGAUGCUCUGUGUUCCUUACACCACUGCUGAGCCAUAUCCCGAUGCCCGUGUUAUUUGGUGUUUUCUUGUAUAUGGGCUUCGAUUCACUGAAAGGUCUUCAAUUAUUUGAUCGUAUACUGAUCAUGUUCAUGCCGGUUAAAUAUCAACCAGAUUUUAUGUACUUAAGACAGGUUCCACUGAAACGUGUUCAUAUGUUUACACUAAUACAAGUCGCAUGCUUAGUGUUUUUAUGGUUGAUCAAAUCAUAUUCAUAUACGUCAAUUCUAUUCCCAAUCAUGUUGGUAGUUAUGAUUGGCAUUCGAAGAAUAUUGGAUCGUGUAUUCAGUUAUCGUGAAUUGAAAAUUCUCGACGACAUCAUGCCAAAAACAACGAAACGACGAAAGAAUGCGCCCAAUUCGAAAAUUAGAGACAAACAAGAUCAACCGCCGCCAUAUCCAGGAGACGUUGAAAUUUCAAACGAAAAAUUAGCAUUACUCAUUCCAAAGAAUCCCAUCAAUAUCACCGCAGAGAUGAACAAAACGACAAUUUGGAAACAUGUGAAUGACAAAAACAGUAAUGAAGCAAACGGGCAAAAACAUAACGGUAGUUCUUCAUAGGUCAAAAGGCGAUUUUUUUCCCUGUAUUGAUUUUGUUUUUUAUAUUUUUGGCGAAUGGGUAGUCGUAGAUAUUUAUCUUUUGGUCAUCAUUUUUAACCAAAUAUAAUCAAACCAGACAAAAAAUAAAACUGAAUAUGAAUGGAUGAAAUGGAUAGAACAGUCAAUUUUACAAAAUAUAAAAUCAAAGUUAAAUAUAUCAAUUUAAAACGAAUGGCAACAUUUAAGGCUAACAAAUGUUCACACACAAAUCGAUUUUAUUUUAGGUUGCUAAAUUUUACAUAAACAUAUAUUUGAUAAAAGAAAA